AUGGGCGACGAUCUCUUUUGUGGUCGACAGGCCGAGAUCCAACAGAUGGAAUCAAUCUUGCAACCUCUGUCAGACGUUCUCGGCGCAAGCCGAAAGCUGCUCGUCCUCGGCGGCAUGGGUGGGAUUGGCAAGACUCAACUCGCGGUUAGCUAUGCCAAACGACAUCGUACAAGCUAUACGUCUAUCUUCUGGCUCGAUGCCACUUCUGAACUGAGCCUCAAGACGAGGUUACGCAACGUGGCCCACCGAGCAUUACCUCCCAGCACGAUUGGCGACUUUGACGAUGAGCGAAUGUCAUCCUACCUCUCCAACUGGCUCUCGGAGGACCAGAAUACUCGAUGGCUACUGAUUUUCGACAACUACGACGAUCCAGAACAGUACUCGGUGUGCAAAUAUCUCCCAUCUGUGGCACAUGGCUCAGUCAUUAUCACCACGCGACAACCGGAUCGCGUCCUUGGGGACAAGGUCCGGGUGCGAUCAUUAAGCAAAGAGGACGACAGCCUUCGUAUCUUGGCUCGUCGGUCAGAACGCGAGAACGUGGGAUCAGACCCAGAUGCUCCACGACUUGCUCAGAGGCUGGACGGCCACCCGCUAGCACUGGCUACGGCUGGAGCAUUUCUGAGUCAGUCUGCGAUCAGCUUUGGUCAGUAUUUACGACGAUACGAAGAGCGGUGGACUAUCAGUGAUGCGAUGGAGGAGUUGCCCGACUACCCUUCUCGUACGCUCUACAGCACGUGGUAUCUAUCAUUCAUGCACAUCGAGCAACAGAACCCGAGAGCAGCGAAGUUGUUGCGAUUCCUGGCGUAUCUCGACCAUCGAGACAUCUGGUUCGAACUCUUACACUGCGGGCGAGCAGGAACCCGACCUGCAUGGUUCGCCGAAGUCGAAGGCGACGUGUUCAUGUUUGAGGAUGCGAUGCAGACACUCACCCGUUACUGCCUCGUGGAGACGUGUCAUCAGACCGGGUCGUAUAGUCUACACCCGUGCGUACACGACUGGACGCUGAAUGCGUUGAACUAUAAGAUCGGCACGACGCAAUACUGGCUGGCGUUUGACUGCGUUACACACCACACUGACAAUGCCCACUGGGACGAUCUGUCCUCGAUCCGAUAUCUACGGUUCACUGGGCACGCCAAGCGGCUGGUGCACCCGCGAUUUCGUGCCGCGGCAUUCCAACAGCGGUUCAUCAAGAGUCGAUUGAACAGGAUGGUGAAUUUAGGACACCUUCUUUUGCAGCGCGUGCAGUACGACGCAGCUGAGCAAAUAUACUCGUGGGCACUGGAGCAUUACGAGAAGGGACUUGGGGUGGCUCACGCGUCGACGCUCGACGUCGUCCAUAGUCUUGGGAUUCUUUAUACUCAUCAAGGUAAGCUGGGCAAGGCAGAGACGAUGUACAUACGAGCGCUGGUCGGGCUGGAGAAGGUACUAGGAGUGGACCACGAAUCGACGAUUUUCGUCGUCCAUAACCUCAGUAUGCUUUAUAGUGAUCUAGGUAAGUUGAAAGAGGCGGAGACGAUGUGCUUACGAGCGCUGGCUGGAAGGGAGAAUUUGUUGGGACCAGACCACCGAUUGACACUCAGUUCGGUCGUCAGUCUUGGUGUGAUAUAUCUUGCUCAAGGUAAGCUAGGCGAGGCGGAAACGAUGAACCCACGAGCGCUAGCCGCGGGGGAGAAGUCACUGGGGUUGGUACAUAAGUCUACGCUCGAUUCCGUCAAGAACCUCGGUGAUGUGUAUCGUGACCAAGGGAGGCUGGACGAAGCGGAGAAGAUGUAUAAACGAGCACUAGUCGGCCAGGAGAAGGAGCUCGGCUUGAACCUCCGGUCGCCACUGGUGAUUCUCAUGAACAUUGGAACUAUAUUCUGUCUACGGGGAGAGCUAUCCAGAGCCGAGAGUGUGUACCACGAUACAGUUUCUGGGCUCAGACGUACAUUGGGAGCAAACCACAUCGACCCCCUUGACGCAUUCAACAAUUUGGCCAAUCUCUACUGUGAGCAGGGUAAAUUGGAAAAAGCCGAAGCACUCUACGAACAAGCUUUGACUGGGAUCACUGUAGCUCAGGGGAGACAUCAUUACUUCGUUUCAGGGGUGCUCAACAAUCUGGGACUCUUAAACGCUGAGCAAGGCAACGCAGGCGCUGCUCGAAGGCUUCCAAAAAUCACUGGGACCAGAGCAUUAUCACACGCGAAUGGUGUGCUACAACCUUCAGCAGCUGGACUUGGGAGACGCUGCCGACACAUCACUUUCCAGCACAGGAGUAAUAGAUCAUGUUAA